AUGGCAGCCACUAAAAUCAUGGACGCUGCGCUCUCAGGCGUCGUAGCCCCCGUCUGCUGUGAUGCACGGCGCAGCGUCGGAGAAAGGCUGCUCCACUACGCGCGCGCUGGGGAAGAUGGCAUCCUGGCCGGAGCAAUUGUUUCUGCUGCUCCUCUGCCUUGUGCUGCUAGCAGGAGCGGCAACCCCCCAAACAGCACCGCCGCUGUCGGUCGACUCCGCGGACAGCCGGACAGGUGGGUGCGACCAGGGUGCCAGUCCAAGUGCGGCAACGUGAGCAUCCCCUACCCCUUCGGCAUCGACUCCGGCUGCUCCCGUCCAGGCUUCGAGAUCAACUGCACCGACGGCACGCCCUACCUCGGCCUCGGCGGCAACAUCGACAUGGUGGACAUCCAGCUUUUCCAGGGCACCCUCGUCGUCAACAACUAUAUCGCCAAAGAUUGUUACUACCAGAACGGAAGCCUGUCAGAUUAUAUCUCGGCCUCGAUAAGUAUUAUCGGUCUCCCAAACUACAAGUUCUCCAGUGACCGGAACAGAUUCGUGGCCAUCGGCUGUGACGCCCACGGCUACAUUGUUAGUAACGAUGAGGAGAACACUUUCAGGACUGGAUGCUCGUCCUACUUCACCAACGCCAGCUUCAUGCCCAAUGGUACAUGCUCCGGCAUCGGCUGCUGCACCGCGCCAAUUCCCAAGGAUCUCCGCAGCUUUAGUCUGCUCGUCGAUAGCUUUAACAAUCAUUCCAAUUGCAGCUUCGCCCUCUGCAGCUACGCCUUCCUGGCCGACGUGGGCAAACUCAACUUUACCCUGUCUAGCUUCACCGAAUACAGCAACAGGGUGAAUGAGCCAUUGACGCUGGAUUGGGCCAUCAUGAACCAGACCUGUGAGCAAGCAAACGGCACUCGCGACUUCGCGUGCGUCUCCCCCAACAGCUACUGCUUGAACUCUACUAAUGGUCCGGGCUACCUCUGUAAUUGUUCGCAAGGUUUCCACGGCAACCCGUACCUCAAUGAUUCAAAUGGAUGCUCAGACAUCAACGAGUGCUCAGCUGUUCCUUCGCCAUGUGUCAAACGGUGCCAUAAUAGAGAGGGGAGCUAUUCUUGCUCAUGCCCAUGGUACAUGUAUGGAGAUGGCCAAAGAGAUGGAAGCGGAUGCAAGUCCAUACUGAGAUUACUGUAUCUCAGUUUAGGUGUUGGAUUGAGCCUCUUUUUCCUUAUUGCGAUUGGGUCAUGGCUGUACUGGAUUCACAAGAAGAGAAAGCUCGGAGAGCUGAAGCAGCACUUCUUUGAGAAGAACGGCGGUUCGUUGCGACCGGACAUCAGACUCUUCUCCUCACAGGAGCUUGAAGCUGCAUCUGAUAACUACAACCAGAGCCGAAUCCUCGGCGAGGGCGGCACCGGAACAGUCUAUCGCGGCGUACUUCCUAAUCAAAACGUGAUCGCAAUCAAAAAGGCCAAGAUAAGCAACGACGAAGCCGAAGUCCAACAGUUCAUAAAUGAAGUCGAGGUUCUCUCCAGUAUCAAUCACCGGAAUGUGGUGAAGCUCCUGGGGUGCUGCCUCGAGUCUCAAGUCCCCAUGCUCGUUUACGAGUUCGUGCCUAAUGGCACGCUCGCCCACCACGUCCACGAUGAAGGCAAGAGAGGCUCUCUGUCCUUGGAAGCUCGUCUAAGGAUCUCUUCGGAAGUAGCUGGAGCCUUGUCCUACCUCCACUCUGCGGCUUCUACUCCCGUCAUCCACAGAGAUGUCAAGACCACCAACAUACUUCUCGACCACAACUUAACUGCAAAAGUAUCCGAUUUCGGAGCUUCCAGAAUGGUUCCUCUGGAUCAGAACGGAUUGGUGUCGUUGGUUCGUGGCACCUUUGGCUACCUGGACCCGGAAUAUUUCCAAACAGGGGAGUUCACUGAUAAAAGCGACGUCUAUAGUUUCGGCGUUGUUUUGGUUGAGCUCUUGACAGGGAAGAAGCCUGUGGCUAAGACGCAAGCUGUCAAGAAUUUAGCCACACUUUUCAUGGACUGCGUGAAUUCUGGACGACUUGUUGAAAUAUUGGAGGAACGCGUUGUCGAAGAAGGAACUCCGGAGUUGCUUGAAGCAGCCGCGGAGCUCGCAAUGAGAUGCUUGAGCUUGAAAAGCAAUGACCGACCGUUGAUGAGAGAAGUGGCUAUGGAGCUGGAGGCACUGACGAGGUGGAAGAUACAUCCUUGGGGAAAUGUUAAUCUGGAAGAGGGAGACAGUUUGCUGGCUAUGGUUGGAAGCUCUUCUCCGUCGGUUCUCCGUGAUUAUGUCAAUUCUUCCAUGGAACCCAUGGUGCCCUUCGAGAUUGUCAGAUGAGGGAGAGAAUGUUGCCUUCUCGUCUAUCACGUCCAAACUCGAUCUUAGUAAGUAAUUGUAGGUUUAUUGUUCCUUUGUAGCAGCAGGAAACUUCUAGGCAUUUGGAACCAGGUUUCCUUCCAACUAUCUGAAGUGAAACUUCUAGCUCCGGUAUCUCGAAAAUACAAACAAAUCCAUCAGGUUCCCUUCCAUUUCCCCGAAGACUGAAGUGAAACUUCUAGUUCCUGUGUUUACUAAAAUACAAAUAGAGCGAUUAUUAAUAUGUCCAUUACACAUUUUUUUCUACAACAGGAAAAAUAUGUUACAUUGGUAAAAUCAUUGUCUGAUUCACUUAGACAAUUUUUGUUCCAACUAGUCCAACUUCAAAGAGCACAUGAGGGCUCGUACACAA